ACCCUGGGAUCCGGGGAUCGACGCUCAGGUCUGCCGCGGCGGGCGAGGCUGUUCUUCCUCCGCGCGCCGCUCGUCGUCCUCGUCGAGCCGAUGGCGCUGCGCCUUCUUUUCACUGCGGGCGCCUCCGCUCUGAGCCACGGCAGGAAGUGAUGGGCCGCCUGGCCGCGGGCUUGCUGGUUUAGCUCCGGCCGGCUUGUCAGCGACGCUCCCCCACCGGGCAGCCUCCGCCCCCUUCGGGACCUGGGACGGAGCCUUGGUGGCUGCGGGAUGGUCGGUCUGGAGCCCCGGGCAUGAGCCAGCGCGAACGAAAGCGGGACAGGCCUCCUCCUCCUCCUCCUCCCCCCUCGGGCUGUGAGCGAAGAUAACAAGGGAGCUGCGGAGGGCGAGCGUAGCUUACGGGCGGAGCAGACGAGAAGGCGGCAAGCGCUUCAAGGGAAAGAUAGAGAAGAAAGUUGUUUGGAGAUGCCCAGUCCACAAAAGUCAGUAAUUCAAGAAGUACUUUGUGAUCAUAAUGGUGUUUUUCUAGAAGCACUGACCUAAUUUUUAAAGAACGGUGACAGAAUGUCAGCACUGGUGACAUUGGUGCAAUUAUCUGCAGAUGAUAAUGCCACUUACCCAUCUGCUACCACAGUAGUGACAACAGCUGACACCCUGACGACACCUCCGUUUUUAAAUGCUACCAACAGUACUGUGCCACACAAAUGCUUGGUGCUGCUGUAUGAGGACAUUGGCACAUCCAGAGUUCGUUACUGGGACCUUCUAUUAUUGGUUCCCAAUGUACUUUUCUUUGCAUUUCUCCUCUGGAAGCUGCCUUCUGCCAGGGCCAAAAUCCAUGCAACUUCCAGUCCCAUUUUCACCACUUUCUACAUACUGGUGUUCGUGGUAGCUGUGGUUGAGAUUGCUCGGGCUGUGGUCUCCAUGACAGUCAGUGCUUCUACUGCUGCUACAGUCACUGACAAGAUCCUAUGGGAAAUCACAAGAUUUUUCCUUCUGGCCAUUGAACUGAGCAUGGUGAUUCUGGGCCUUGCAUUUGGCCACCUGGAGAGCAAAUCCAGUGUCAAGCGUGUCCUAGGUAUCACCACCGUGCUGUCAUUGGCCUACUCGGUGACACAGGGAACUCUGGAAAUCCGUUAUCCUGAUGCCCAGCUCUCAGCAGAAGAUUUUAAUAUUUAUAGCCAUGGAGGAAGGCACUUCUGGCUUGCCAGCUCUUGUUUCUUCUUUCUGGUAUAUUCAUGUGUGGUGAUGCUUCCAAAAACUCCCUUGAAGGAUCGUAUUUCUCUGCCCUCAAGAAAGAGUUUCUAUGUCUAUGCAGGAAUUCUUGCUGUGCUCAAUUUAGUGCAAGGGAUCGGCAGUGCUCUACUCUGUGCAGGUAUCAUCGAAGGCUUGUGCUGCGUGGAUGCCACCACCUUCCUCUAUUUCAGCUUCUUUGCUCCACUCAUCUACGUGGCAUUUCUGAAAAGUUUCUUUGGGUCUGAGCCAAAGAUCCUCUUCUCCUAUAAAUGCCAGGUGGAUGAACCUGAGGAUGUCGAUGUGCACCUUCCCCAUGCCUAUGGGGUAACCAAGAAAGAAGGCCUGGAUUCUGGCUUCUAUUCCAGCACUCAGAUUGACACCACAGCAUACUUAGAUGAUGUUGCUUCCAUGCCAUACCAUGUGGGCAGCAUCAAUAGCAUUGACAGUGAUCGUUGGAAAGCCAUUAACUCCUAAAGGCAAAUGUGGUUGAAAGAAUAUCUCUCUCUUGCUCCCACUGCUCCAUUCAGAUAACCAUUUGGAACUCUAAUGCGUUUGUCUUCUCUUUCCUUUGAGGUGUUCUUUUUUUAAAAGAUAUUUAAAUUCUGUAUGAAACAUAAAAUUGGCAACUAUAGUCUUCCUGGAAGGACAGUACUCAUCCUCCUGAGACAACAUACAGGUCAGCUUCAUUUCAGACAUGCAUAAAUGCUGACUCCUCAUAUUCUUAGCAUUCCAAAUACAAAUGGUUAGACCUUUGUCACCUUUUGUUGGUGAUAAAAUGCUCAUUCAACCAGAAUAUUGACUGUUCUUUUGAAGAGACAUAUACAUACACACAUACACAAUCUGAAAUUAAGAUUGGAUGCCUUGUUCACUUUUUAUUUUUUUAGGUUGAUUUAGUUACAAUUUAUGUUCCCAACAAGUCCAAAUUCCCAGCAAUAACCUUCGCUCUGGAAUCAGAGAAUAGCAUUGUUCCCACAUUUUGGGGAACUGAAGUUUGGUAGAAGUGGAGGUGAGAGAACUCUAGAAGCUUUUGAGCACCUCAUAAUUCUUCACAGGGAAGCUGGGAGCAUAUUGUAUUUUUUUUUUAAUCUUAUAUAUAUAGAAGGAGAGGGAAGAAAAGUAGCCAGCAAGGAAAGGUCUCUGGAACAUGUUGCUGUGCAACUAAACUACUGUGAUUCAUUGACAUGCAGGCAUGAGUUUCAUACACUGUAUAAUUUUAGAAUGAGAAUGUAGCCAGGUCAAUUUUAGAGUGAGAAUGUAGCCAGAUCAACAUUAAGGCUAACAGCACUCCUGAGCAAAUGGGAUUGGAUAGGGAGGAUGGUUGCAGAACAUGGUUUGGAUGGUAGUUCCAAAAUGGAGAGGACAGAAGAGGAAACAGAAAUGUUUCAGGAGCCUUCUUUAGACAGCUUGUUAUUGAUGCUUGGGGUGGCAUCUAAGUAGAAUACAAACCUGAAGUGACUAUGAGGUCUAGUUUUAAGACAGGCUGUUUAUAAUACCUAUUGUGUUCUGUGCCUUAAGGUUAAGGUUAGGACUGUAUUAUGAGGAUAGUGCUCUGAUCUGGUUUUUCCAAAAUCUCUGGUGCCACUUGGCUGAUGAUUGUGUUGAUGUUGGCAACACCUGAAUUUUGUAGCCUUCUGAGGCUUCUCUGUGAGAUUAGUAAAGCAAAAGAAUGUUAAUUUCUUUAAUUAUAAUCAAGAUGUUUCUGGAAGGGGAAUAAUCUAAUAUGGGGUUGGCUUCACUUUGGAGGCAAGAAGAAAAAUUAGAAUAUCUAAAACCUGAAAAGUUUGCAUUUUGUGUCCUUGCAUCAUGCCUAGCUUUUGUUGCUGUGAAUGUUCUUGCUGUAAGGUUAAGUGGAAAAUGGAAAAUUAUGGGAACCCUUAAUAGUGUGUGAACUGUGGAUAAAAUUGUUUGAAUAGAGACUGGCUAGAAGGCAAAUGUAGGCACAGCUAAUUGGAUUUAAAAUUCCACAUAUUAAGGGUGACAAAGCAGAGUGACUUUCUUCUGUUGUUGUUAUGAUGUCAUUAACUCAGGAUCAUCUAUGCUACAAAUGGAUGAAUAAGGUUAGGAUUCCAGAAAUUCACAGCAAUUUUCUUUGGAAUCAAGAGGACUUGCUUUAGGAGAACCUCUUUAGAACUGAGGUAGAAACAGAAAAACUAAUAUUUUGUCUCCUGAAUGCAGACAAAUUCUUCCAUCUGUCCUGAAAAUUCUGCCAUUUGCAAUUUCUGCUUGCCAAGCCACACCAAAAUUUACAUGAUAACAAGACCUUGAUUUUAAGAGUUUCAAAAUUACUUAAAAAAGAAAAAGAAAAAAUCCAGAAAAAGAAGACUCAUGCUCAAAACUAUUUGGAUAUGUGGUUAAUGCAGAUUAGCAUGGCUGAUGUGAUAGAGAACAACACUUUGUCUUUAGUUUUGGUAUUGUCCAGAGUAGCUGUUUCUAAACAUCAGAAUUUGGUACUGUAAUCAGACUUGUUGCUAUUAGCAACAUCAUCAUUUUUGUGGCAAGAAAUCUUACAUAAAGUGUAAUUGACAUCUCAUUAAUCUUUAUGGUGUUGAUUGGGAUUAGGUUGGUAGAACCCUCUGUUCAGAAAAGGGAAUUUAUCGGAGCAUUAUGUGAGCUUGAUCAUAUAAAACCUGUUUUCCCAGCCCCUUUGCUUCUGUUUCCUGUUAAUGGCAGAGGAAGGGCACAAGGCUGGAGAGGGUCAGUGACGUCAUGCAAAACAGCUUCAUCUAUACUCCCCCAGCAUCUUCACUCAGUUCAGAACAUAGCAACUCCUGCCGUAAAUCAGUAGGAACCCUUGACAACCAGACAGCCGACCAGUGUUUGUAAAUUUAUCGAUUCCCUACUUUUAUAGGGUCCCCCAAUCUCUCCUUCCCAGCCAGCCUAGCCCAAUAUCCUUACAUAGGCUAUUCUCACUAGAGUUGAUUGGUGUUAUAGGCCAACAGACCUGGGAGGAAUAAGGCUGGAGAAGGCUUUCUGCACCUUAAUAUGGGUGCAUGUGCAAAAUGAAAGAAUUCUUAAUAUGAAGGUGGAUAUCUUGGGUAAUGUGAAUCAGGGUGAGAUGACAUUUCAGAUACUUUUGUUAACCAUGUUCUGCCACUUGGCCAGUCACUCAGCUAUGAUUACUUUUCCACUGUAGAAUCUUCUUCAUCACCCCAAUUACGUUAUUGUUAAAACCCUCUUCUAUAUAUCUACCUUUGUCUUCUGCUGCUGAGGAGAAACUGCACUAGGUGAAGGAAAUGUCUCCUUCCAAGCAUACUGAUUUUAAAUGUGUAUAUAGAUAUGCCUUCCAUGUCCAGAGCAAAACAUCAUCCAUAAGCAGACAAUGUUUGUGAGGGUGAUUGUAUUGCAUGUGUCAUGAAAUGUUGGAACAAAGUUUAAAAAUAAAGCUAUGUAUAUUUUUGUCUGUAAAAUAAAUGAACUUUGACAUAAAUGAAGACAUCCCUCCCACUAUAGAAGCUCUGCCUGUGUGUCCCCAUAUUUUUCUGCUAAUCUUUUUCAGAAUUAAGGUAGCCUGCUAGUAAUGAAAUGCUUUUACUUUGAGGAAAAUAGUCAUUGUUAAGUUUCUUUUUGGCCAGGUUUUAGAGCGGUGUUUUUCAAACUGGGAUCACAACACAUUUUGAUAGGUCUCAGUGCCACAUCAACCCCAAACUAACACUGGUGGUUUGAUACUGUUUUAAAUUUUAUUAAACAAAUGUCCUUGAAGAAGAACAACCUUAAACCU